GACGGCGGACUGGUUGUUGUAGUCGUCAAAAUCUGCUAAUAUAAAUUCAAAUUUUAUUUAACAUUGAUUCUGCAGAGCUGCCAUCAGCUAAUUAUUGUGGAUCAACCCCCUUCCAAAAUCCUAACCCUAAUUCUUAUCUUAGGGUUUGGGAUUUUGGUUUUCCCAUUACCGAUAAUUGGACAACAGUCGAAUUGUGUUUUUCUUAGCUUCCUGGGGGUGAUCGUUGAUCCAUCCAAAGAAAAUGACGAGCAUGUUGAGGAGUUGCAUUCAAUCGUUGCUGAAGAUGGUUAAUUCUUUCAUCGGAAUGUUUGGGAUCGCCAUGAUCAUUUACGCCCUUUGGAUGAUUAGGGUUUGGCAGCGCCAGAUGGAUGACUCCGAUCACCCUAUUCCUUGGUUCAUAUACACUAUGCUUGGACUUGGUGCAACCUUGUGUGUGAUCACGUGCUCAGGUCAUAUUGCUGCAGAGACAGCAAACGGUUGCUGCCUUUAUUGUUACUUGGUCUUUGUCGUUUUGCUCUUAAUGCUGGAAGGUGCAGUCACAAUGGACGUAUUUCUGAACCGGAACUGGGAAGAGGACUUCCCUAUAGACCCAAGUGGAAACUUCCAUGAGUUCAGGGAUUUUAUCAAGGAGAACUUUGAAAUAUGCAAAUGGGUUGGCUUGUCUGUAGUUGCUGUGCAGGGGUUGUCUGUGCUUUUGGCUCUCGUUCUCAAAGCUCUUGGGCCACAUCAAGAAAUACGCUAUGAUAGUGAUGAUGAUUAUACCCUUGAAGAUGUUCCACUGUUGAGGAAUUAUGUGAAUCAACCCCCUUAUGGACCCAGAUGAUUGUUAGAGUAGAAAUCAGGGAAGCAGGUGAAGAUAUGAUGUCUUUUCAUGGCAACCUCAUGUGGGAGGACUGGAUCCAAGACAAUUGUGGGUUCUUGAUAUCUGGAUCACACCCAAAGAAAACCAAAACAAGGAAAGAUGUUCACUUGAUGUGAAGGUUUAUAUACAAUUUUUCAUAACUUUUCAUUGUAAAAUGGUGUUGUAUACCUGAGUUUGAUGCUGCAGAAGAAACUACUGUGGCUCUUUUACUAGAUGCACAUAUAAGUUAAAACACUAUCAACCGCUUUCUUACAAUAUUACCGUUAAUUUUGCAUGUGAGUUGGUCUGUAAAAUGUAUGUACGUUGUCUUCAUGGAAACAUUUCCAGUUGUUCUA